AUGUCGCUGCCCUUGGCGACGUUGAGGGAGCUCCAGAAGCUCGCAGCACUCAAAGCAAAGGGCGUGAUCCAUAAACGACAGUACGAGGCUUUCGAUUUGGCGUGGGACCUGAGGAGCAGCGGCGUGUUCUCGGAAGAAGAGUGGACCACGCGGGUUGAUGGAGACAUCUCGGGCAUCAUCAACAUCGCUUGCCCUACAUACACUGUCUUCAGACGACGCUGCCGCGUCGUCUGCAUCCGGAAAGCGGUCAGCAGACGGUUGAGGGCGAGGGGGGCCACAGCGGGGAGGGAGUGGAGGACGGUGAUUCGAGCGACGAAGACACUCACUCGUGAGACGACCAGCGGCCAGAUGGACGAGCUGAGUCUUGUGGACGACGACAGCAUGGAAUCGGACGACAAGAUUCACGCCAUGGAGAUUCCGGAUGGGUUUCGCAUUCAAGCAUCUACACCGGCAGCUCUUGACAGUUUGUUACUGCAGCGUGAAAUACAUACUCGUUAG